AUGGCGAACCCUCUCGAUACGGAUGCUGGCUCCGAGCUUUUCAGCUCGUAUGAGGCGGAACUCAAGCUCGUGCAGGCCGACCUGGCGCAAAAGUUGGACCAGAUUCCUGAACUGACAGGCGAGCCGCGCAAGGCUGCCGUCAGCCAGGCUGAGCGCGCCUUAGAGGAGGCAGAUGAACUGCUUGGCCAAAUGCGCCUCGAGAAACAGAACAUCCCGACAUCUGCGCGAGCGAAAGUCAACCAGCGCUUCCGCAACUACGAGUCCGAUAUCGAUACCAGCCGCCGGAAGCUGACGAGCCUGUCGUCCAAUCGAGCCGCCCUAUUCGGCUCACGCUACACUGACGAGCCAUCCGGGUCGACGGACAUCAACCUGGAACAACGACAACAGUUGCUCUCGGGAACUGAAAGGCUCGAUCGGAGCACACAGAGGCUGCUCUCCAGCCAGAGGCUCGCCCACGAGACCGAGGCUAUCGGAGCGGAGACGUUGGCCGAUUUGCAUAGGCAGGGCGAGGUCAUUCGCCAUACGCACGAUACUCUUUUGGACAGCGAGGGUUAUGUCGACCGCAGUGUCAAGACGUUGAGGGGGAUGGCUCGGAGAUCCCGCAUUUCCCUCAUCUCCAAGAGCGAUAUUCGCUACGUGGGCACUUUGCACGAGAUCAACUCGGACGAGUCGACAGUGUCUCUCGAAAAUGUCCGCUCAUUCGGCACAGAGGGUCGCAGGGGCAAGCCUGAGGAGGAGAUAGCUCCAUCAGACCAAGUCUACGAGUACAUCGUCUUCCGCGGCAGCGAUGUCAAGGACUUGCGGAUUGAGGAGCACCCCGCCAUCAAGGAGAACAAGCCCCCUGUCAUGCCUGACGACCCUGCCAUUGUCGGCGUAAGUCAUGCCCGAGCCCGCCCCGGAGCACAAGGAGCAGCCCAGAAUCCUCCUCCGGGAGCUCCCCAAGGAGCCCCUCCCGGAGCUCCAGGAUUCCAACAACACCCAUAUCCUCCCAACAACUUCUAUGGUGGCCCUCCGCCUCCAGGAUCCUGGGGACGGGGUGGUCCCGGCCCGAUGGGUGGACCAGGUUUUGGCAACAUGUACCCUCCGCCACCAGGCUGGUUCCCUCCCGGCCAGGGCUUCCCUCCCGGUCCCGGCGGUCCCGGCCCAUGGGCCAACGCACCGUUUCCUCCGGGCCCUGGUGGUCCCUCAGGUACCGACGCCGCUCAAGGCCCGCGGACCGCGCCCGAACAGCCCUCUUCGGCUCAGGAGUCAAAACCUCCUCCCAUUGGACCCAGUGCAGACAAGCCCAGAGCUCCCCCAACAGAGCCGAAGUCGCACACCCAAGCAGCAAGACAACCACCCAACGCCCCAACCCCUCCGGUCGAUUCUAAGCCGUCGGCCGAGGAGGUCAAGGCAGCUGCCACAGCAGUCCCGGCCAACGGCGCUGCGAAGGCAAAUGAUGUGUCUAGGCCUAUUCCCACUGGUCCCAGGGGCAACCGUGUCCAGCCUGUUAUCCCACUUGCUGGACCUACGUCCAAGCCCUUCCAGCCCCCUUUUGCGAUGGAGAAGGCGGCUCAAGCUGCUCCCCAGCCUGCAGCCGCAGGACCAAGCAGCGUACAGGAUGCUACGAGUGCGGCCAGAGCAGCUGUGGCACUGGCGAUGGCACAAUUGAGCAACUCCGGCGGCAAUGCCAUGGAUAAUUUGACCAACAAAGUCAACGAGAUGCGCGUCAACGCCAGUAGAGGUAGCACGGCCAACCGUGGCCGUGGACGCGGCGGCCGUCCAGCCAAGGUCGAGGUUCCCGAUGCGGACUUUGACUUUGCUCAGUCGAACGCAAAGUUCAACAAGGAAGAAGUUGUCAAAGAAGCUGGCGCAGGCUCUCCGGCGAACGAGCCUGCCGCUGCGCCUGCAGAGGAAGGCUCAGAGCCCCAGGAUGGCGCCGCUCCGGUGGCAUACAACAAGUCAAGGUCGUUUUUCGACAACAUCUCUAGUGAAUCAAAGGAGAGGGCUGAAAACAACGGUCAGAAGCCCGGUGGACGCGAGUGGCGCGGAGAGGAGCAACGGAGAAACAUUGAGACGUUUGGCCAAGGAAGCGUCGACGGUGGCUAUCGAAACUACCGUGGACGUGGUCGUGGACGCGGGACCCGAGGUGCGGGACGCGGCUUCAGCCGCGGUGGACGUGGAGGUCCUCGGCCUCAGUUCCAGCCUGCUGCUGCUGGCCAGUAG